AUGAGAAUUUUUGAGAGGUUGUAGUAUCUAUCAGGAUAUUUGCUGUUUCUGGCGCUAGUUAGUGAGUACCAGCAGAUCCAAUUACUUGGCUUUAGUCUAAUCUUAGUUAUGAUAGCUCUCGGAAUUUACGUUGAAGGAAUCAGGUUUACGUAGUUUCCCUUUUUCAUUAGUUUCAUUUUUGUUUCAAUUACAUAUUCUGUCUUUAACUACUACUACUAUUCUGGAGAGCAGCAUUACCCAAUAUACCUAUCCUUGAUUUUGCUAUUUGGAGAUGCGAUAUCAACAUUUGUGAUGAUUAUCAAGGGAGAGUGUGACUUUUCUAGAUUCCCUAUCACGGGACCCUACUAAGUUGGAUACAAAGAAUUUAGAACAUCAAUCCAUGACAAUGAAGUUUCUGUCUUUUACCCAGUUGAUCGAGAGGAUUAUAUCUAAAACAUAAAUAAAAAUAACGCUUUAUAAUAAAGACACGGUGACAAGACUAUUAAAGGUCUUGCAAAAGCAAGUGUAGCUUACGGCAGAGAAGAUCACUUACCAUUGAUCUUCUUUAGAUAUCUUAAAUUCGUAAAGAUGAACUGUUUGGAAAAUGCACCUCUCUCAAAAGAUUUCAUUUCUGAUAAUAUUAGACCUGACAGGAUGCCUGCUCUACAAAAAACAUUGAUCCCCAUUGUUUUUAGUCAUGGUCUGAGCAGUAAUCGUAAUUGGAAUAGUGGAACUUGCAGAGACUUAGCUAGUCAUGGAUAUCUUGUGUUUGCAAUUGAUCACAGAGAUGAAACUUCACACUAUGUUGAAACAAAAGAUGGAAAAGGUAUGUAUUAUAACAACCUCAUGUCCUCGCAUGAUCUAGAAAACCGUAGUAACUAGCUAAGAAUUAGAGAGAAGGAGUUGAUAGCUCUCAUAGAUGAAAUCUUUGAGCCUGAGAUGUUGAACACCAAAAAAUUAGGCUUUCCCUCUUCUAUUAAAAUUGAACAUGAAAAAGUCAUCACUGCAGGCCACUCUUUCGGAGGUAUGACAGCCAUAGCCACUGCUCAAUUAGAUUAGAGAGUAAGGGCGUGUCUAACUCUAGAUCCUUGGCUAUUUGUUUAGCACAAAGAAAUCUUAAAUGGUGAAUACUAUUUAAGAGUACCUAUGUUCAUACUCUCCUCUGAAACUUUCCACCCAAAGUGUGAAGAAUGGUUUGAAUCUUGGAUUACUAUGCAAUCUUUUAUCAAGCAUUGCUAAGAUAGAAGAGUAGAGCAUAUAGUCAUGAAGAAUACAGGCCAUCUCCAUUAAACUGAUGUGGCAUGCACAAUUCCCUUUGAAAAUUUUGUUAUGACAGACGCUAAAUUCCAGUCAACAACUAAUGAAUCUUAUCAUUUAUGCUCUUAACUAGCGAUCAGUUUCUUAUAUAGAGUCGGCCUAAGUAAUUUUUAUCACGGCCAUGUAGAAAAUACGAUAUCAAGGAUGAGGGAGAGAUGGAUCAAAUAUGACUAGAUAUUUGAAUACAAGGAACCCUGCUUUGAUUACAAAAUAGAUAUCAAUAAUGGAAUCGAAAUGGUUCAGUUAUGA